AGGAAGUGCAGGUACCAGUGUCUUGUUCAAUGAGAACGGAGAUGCUCCCGGCCGUUAUGACAUAUUCCAAUUCCAGAUGACCAAUCACAGCCAUCCUGGUUACCAUGUCAUCGGCCAGUGGACCAAUAACCUGAAACUCAAUGUAUUGGAUCAAACACUAAAAAAACUAAAGCAGCAUCUGUUAGUUUUUAGGUCUUACUCUCUCUCUGUCUACCUGUCCGUCUCUGUGCCUGUCCGUCUCUGUGCCUGUCUGUCUCUGUGCCUGUCUGUCUCUGUACAGUUGGACGAGAUGCAGUGGUCAGGAGGAGAUAAAUCAGUUCCAGACUCCAUCUGUAGUUUUCCCUGUAAACCAGGAGAGAGGAAGAAGAUGGUGAAAGGAGUUCUAUGCUGCUGGCACUGUGAGCUCUGUGAUGGGUAUCAGUACCAGUUGGAUGAGUUUACCUGUGAGACCUGCCCAUCAAACAUGCGCCCCGCCCCAAACAGAACCACCUGUCAUCCGACUCCAAUCAUCAAACUGGAGUGGAACUCCCCCUGGGCCCUAGUGCCCACCUCUCUUGCCCUGCUCGGUAUCCUAGCAACGAGUGCUGUGGUCAUCACCUUCAUCCGCUUCAAUGACACACCAAUUGUCAGGGCAUCAGGGAGGGAGCUCAGCUACGUACUACUGACAGGUAUCUUCCUCAUCUACCUGAUCACCUUCCUGAUGAUCGCUGAGCCAGGUGUGGUGGCUUGUGCAUUCCGCCGCCUCCUGCUGGGCCUCGGCAUGGCCAUCACCUACUCUGCCAUGUUGACCAAAACCAACCGCAUCUACCGCAUCUUCGAACAGGGCAAGAGGUCGGUGACCCCACCCAAAUUCAUCAGCCCCACCUCCCAGCUCAUCAUCACCUUCAUCCUCAUCUCUGUCCAGGUCCUCGGGGUGUUCGUGUGGUUUGGCGUCGUCCCUCCUCACACCAUCAUCGACUACGAGGAGCUCCGUCCACCGAACCCUGAUCUGGCCCGAGGCAUCCUGAAAUGUGACAUGUCUGACCUGUCAAUCAUCUGUUGCCUCAGCUACAGUAUCGUACUCAUGGUAACGUGUACGGUGUACGCUGUGAAGAGUCGUGGUGUUCCAGAGACGUUUAACGAGGCAAAGCCGAUUGGAUUCACCAUGUACACCACCUGCAUCAUCUGGCUUGCCUUUGUACCGAUCUUCUUUGGUACCGCAAAGUCGACGGAGAAGGUAAGACCCAAACCAGACCAGGACCAG